GGCCGCGUUAGAGCCGGAAGCGGGGUUCUCCCUGCCUGUAAAGCGCAGGCGGCUCGGGCGCCCCUAGGCAACGCGGCUGAGGGUCUGUGAGCACCGGCGGGGGGGCCGACCAUGGGCUCCAAGGCCAAGAAGCGCGUGGUGCUGCCCACCCGCCCGGCGCCCCCGACGGUGGAGCAGGUUCUGGAGGACGUGCAGGGGGCGCCCCCCGACGACCCAGUCUUCACCACCCUGGCCCCCGAAGACCCGCCAGGACCCCCUGAGCCGCCGGAGGAGCCCGAGGCCCGGUGGGAGCAGCUGUACCAGGAGAGCCGACUUUACGUGGGGAACAACCUGCGUCUGCAGCGGGCCCGGCGGGAGCUGGGGCUCCGGGUGGAGCAGCUGCGGCAGGCGGGAGAGAGGCUGGAGCAGGCCAGGGCCGUGCUGGGCCAGACCCCGCUGCCCGGGGCCUCCGGGUGACCGGCCUGUGCCCCCAGGAAGACCCCAAAGCCCCCACCUCCCCCCAGCGUCUCUGAGGGACCCAUCCUCGGCUGCACCCCCAGACAGCAGCCCCUCCCAGGCCCCCAAGUCUCUCUGGGAGGGGACGGUGCCAAAGAGCCCCCCCUCUCCAGCAAGGCAGGUCUUGCCUGCGGGAAACUGGCCCUUGGGGCUGGGGUGGUGGCCCUGGGUUCAACCCCCGGCAACACAUGAUGCUCUGUCUGUCUGUCUCGCUCUGAUUGAAUACAUGUAUUUUUUAAAUAAAUGGGACACCAGG